AAAGCAGAGCGAUAAGUGGUCUGUUGAUAUCUCUGGAUCGUUGGUUGUAUUCAUUCAUGUGUUCAUACAUUCCAUGGUGAAUUUGGAAUUUGUAAAUAUAAAUAUUGGUGUUGUAUUCAAAUUCACACAGAAGUGUUUAAAAUAAUUGUUUAAUAUGAUUUUAAAUUGCACUUUCCUUGUGUAAAAAGUUGUUUGAUGUAUUGACGCCUACUCGUAAGGGAUAUCCGAGUAGGUGGCAAAUUUUGUCACAGGCAGUAAAGUCUUAAUUGGUUUUGAAAACUAGCGCAUGCCAGGCGGCAUGAUGUCCAGGCGGAGGUACGAGGAAGAGGCGAGCCCCAGUCGCAGCAGGAGCCCCAGUCGCAGCAGGAGUCGCAGCAGCAGCAGUCGCAGCUACAGCCCGGGCUCCGAGGAGGAGGAGGAGGACGAUGCUCGAGUCCACGUGGCCGACCUAGGCAUGGGAGUGUCGAAGAACGAGCUGCAGCACGUGUUCGGGAAGUACGGCCGGGUGAGGGAGGUGUGGGUGGCCAAGUCCCCGCCCUGCUUUGCCUUCAUCGUGUACAACGACAAGCAGGACGCCAGCGAUGCGAUCAGAGCUACAGACGGCAUGACGCUGUGCGGCAGCCGCAUCCGCGUGACAGUGGCCCGCCCCAGGACCCGGGGGCGGGGCAGGAAGGGCUACGACCCCAACAUGCGCUGCUACCAGUGCGGGGAGAGGGGUCACUUCUCCCGGGACUGCCUCGAUUCCAAGUACGGCUACAAACGACCUCCGUCCAGGUCUCCAUCGCACCAACAGAGCAGCUCUUCGCAUCACUCGGCUUCAGGUCACUAUCGCAGUAGUCACAGGCGAUAAGAACUGUCGGAAGGACUUGUCCUGAGGUCCCAAAUCAGUGAAGAAAAGCAUUCGUAAAGUAUGUAACUUGGAAGAUGGCCUUGUGCAAGAGAGGAGAUACAGAGUUGUGCAUGUUCUUUUGUCGGAUUUUUCUGGUGAUGGAUGUUUUAAGUUGAUUCAGAUUCUGGCAUCGUUUGACUGUCUAUUCCAAUUGUUUUUGAUUGGUCAAUUCUUUUAUGGCAAUACCUAGAAUGAGAAUCACAGUAUUUUAAGAGAUGCAUCAAAUUAAGUUCUAAAUACCUAAAAUUGUGAUUAUUUUUUUUUUUACCAAAUAUAUCAAAAAUCAAAUGGACACAUUGUGUUAUCACAUUAAUAAUUUAGUUAAUUUUUACUUCUUUUUUUGUUAUGUUUUAAGAAUAAAACUAUCAAUUUAAAUUUUACUAUCCAAUAAAAACCUUGGUGUACGCAAUUAAUUUUUUUUUUGGGGUUAAGUAAAGAGGCAAGAAAAAUUGUACUGUCCUACAUUUAGAAGCCUGAUACAGGUUUGCAUUUAGAAAACCUAAAAAUCUUGUGUUAAUGUUUGCAAGAAAACUUUUUUUUAAUCUAAAUUAUACACACACCAUGUUAGGAGUUUGAUUAGCAUUAUUUAAAGAAUGGAAUCUCAAAGAUGAGAACAAUACUGGAACUAAUUUAAGUAAAUUGAACAAAACUAGUUAGUAAUUUCAAGUACAAUCUUUAUUUUCCCUCCUUUUUUUAAUUAAAUUUUUUUCUUUCAUGUAGAGUGAAACAAAAUAUUUAAUAUUCAACCUUUUUUUUCUGUGUGUGGUUUGUAAUUUGUAUGUAGAUUCUUUGUAUUUAUGUGUGCUUCUGUUUUUUUUAAGGAUAUACUACACAAUGUUAAAAGUUUUCUCUUCAAACAACAUAAUUUGAAAGUAUUUCACUCCUAAGGUGUAAAUUUGUAGAAAGUUGAUAUAUAACUAAAGUAAUAAAAAAUUAUAAUUAUGUUGAAAUUAUGGCAGUCAAAGACUAUUCAUUUUAACCUUUUCCUUUUAUAUGGUACAUCAUUUUAGCCAAAAACAAUGUGGUUUGUAGUAAAAAAAAAAAUUAACAGCAGUAAAUUAGGUUUUAUUGAUAACAUUCAUUACUCAACUACUGGCAAUAACACUGAACUUAGCUAGCUAACAUGUUCCUUGGUUCUGCUACUGAUUUACUGUUCCAGUCGCUGGGGCUAUAAUCAACGCCCAAAUUCUCCAUCGAGCCACACACAAACUUCACAUGGUACAGUGCAGGAAUUAAGUACAUCAUUUUUCAUGUCACCAGAUGCUUUUGACCUACGUACAUGUCUAAAUGCUCACAAAUUUGUUUUGCAUUAUGUAAAACAACAUUAUACAUUUAUGCUUGUGUGUACAUUAGUUUCACUGAGCUAAAAACAAAUUAUUCUACAGUCACCAACUGCUGCCAGUAUAAUAAUGGAAAGGAAAAAAAAAAGACCAUAUUUACAAUUAUAUACAAAUAUCUACAAGUAGUAUUUACAUACAAUCUUGCAUAUAACAAGUUACAAAUUGCUAUAAAUGUGUGCAAAACUACUACAAGAUGUGCAUGUUUUGAAAUUGUGCAAGUUGCCUAUUAUUAAUGCAACACAAAUUUUCAAAAAUGCAUUAUUUGCGCUGUUCUUUAGUAAAAACACUACACAAAUUCUGGAACUGUAGUAUAUACAUAAUGGAAUCUCACACCAGUUUCCCUCAGAAUAUACCCAAGCUCUUAUAAUUAUAAAACACACUUCUGUUGUGAAGGUAUCAGUUCCCUGUGAUCAUUCUAACAUAUAAUUAACAACCAUUAGCAAUGGGUGAAUCUUUGAAAAUAAUAUACAUUUAGGUAAUUUAAGUACAAAAUAUUUUCAUGUAUUCUUAGAAUAUGAAAACAAUUUUUUUUUUGAAAAAUAAAAAAAUAUAUUAGACAGAGGUGUGUAAAAGUAGUCCUACAUAUUUUUAAGAAAAGAAAAAUGUUAAAUCAGAUUAUUUUUGAGCAACAUUUAAUUUAUUUUUAAAUCAACUAGCUCAUAAUAAUGUUUAUUUUAUUUAUCUUUGUAAUGUGAUUGAAAAAUUGUGGAUAUAAUGGAAGUAGUCAAACAAAAUUUCUAAAAUAAAUAAUAAAA